UCCUUUCACUUCUGCCCAGCCGCCACUUCCAGGGCUUAGGGUCUGAAGUCUACAAAGUCGGCAACGCCAUCUCGGGAUCGGGCAAAGUUUCCAGUUCACCGGCUUCUUUAGACUGGUAAAAGCCACCCUUCUUCGGUUUCGCUUACAGCCAGCUAGAAGUGUUUUUCCUUCCCCCUGGGAAUUGUCAUUCACAACCGUGUCAUCCCUUCUAUACCUAGGGUCUCUUAAACAAUUUUUACCAGAACGCAAGAUGGCCAAAACCACUUCGGAGGAAGUAGGGCGCCUCCUGAGAUCGGCCCGCCCUCUGUUCCUCUUCCGUAACGGAAGUGGCCCGGCCGGCUCACUCUAUGGUACCUCCACCCUCCUGGGCAUGAAUCCGGAAGUAGCCUUCCCGCCCAGAUCUCAUUCAAACGACUGCUUUCCUGCUCGUAUCUGACGCUACUGCCUCUGCCGCUGUCUUCUACUAGCCUUGUUUUUACUUUGGGAGUAGUUCCAGAAGCCAGGAAUGUAUAUGCAGGUAGAGACCCGAACUGGCUCCCUUCUCCAUCUGAAGAGGUCUCCUGGUAUCCGAUCCUGGUCUCUUCUUGUAGGUAUCUUGUCCAUUGGCUUGGCAGCUGCAUACUACAGUGGAGAUAAUAUAGGCUGGAAAUUCUUCUAUGUCACAGGGUGUCUGUUUGUGGCGGUGCAGAACUUAGAGGACUGGGAGGAAGCCCUGUUUGACAAAACUACUGGGAAAGUAAUCUUGAAAACAUUCAACCUCUACAAGAAAAUACUGAUGGCUUCUAGGGUAUGCCAUGAACAAGUGGUAGUUGGACUGAAUGACAUUAAGGAUGUGAAUGUCAUUGAAGAGAAAGUUCGAUAUUUUGGAAAGGGCUAUACAGUGGUACUUCGGUUUGCAACAGGCUUUUCCCAUCCUCUUACCCAGAGUGCAGUGAUGGGUCAUAGGAGUGAUGUAGAAGUAAUUGCCAAGCUUAUCAUCAACUUUCUGGAGCUGCGCCAGCCAGAGAGCCCCAAAGACUUGUCCCAGAGCAGUGACAGUGAUGUGGAUGAACCCAGGCACCAGAACUAAGUCUGACAUAGUGGCCUGAGUCACUGAAUCUGGCUGCUCUAUUCCUCCUGCAGCUUUUGAUACUUCUUUCUUUUUUCCUUUCCUCCAGGGCCGCCUGUUUGACUGUAUUUGGUUUUUACAGUGAUGUGGAUUGCUAACAGAGGGAUCUAUGUUUUGUUUCUGCUUCUCUGGCAAAGCUUCUAGCUCACUAGACUGGGCCUUAAGUUCUGUGGUCAUUUGUUGAGUUUGCUCCUUCCUUCUCAUUUGUUAUGUAGUUAUAGAACUUAAUGGGACCUUAGGGACUAUCCAACUGUCAUUUUACAGAAGAGGAACUUGAGGCCGAGAAAGGGGAAGUCAUGUUCCUAAAGUCACAGAGUUUAAUAAAUGGAAGAGCUGGGAUAUGAAUCACAUAAUAUAUGUAACUCCAUUGUUCUUUCCACUAUACCAUGUUGCCUUAUGCCCUUCUCUCGGGAGUGGGAAAUUAAGCUGACAUGUCUCCUCAGCCACUGGUCAGUUUUUCUCACAUAGAGGACCUGGAGAGAUCUGGGCAAGAAGGUUCUUUUGUGAUUUUGCUUCAGGGAUGAUAAGGAUGAAGAAAUACAAAAUGAAGGAAGGGCUUGAGCAGAAUGACAUUCGGGGAGGAAUGUGGAUGUCAACCAGUUGGAGUUACUUCUGUUGAGCAGGAAUUCCUAAUCUGUUGUCCAUGAACUCAUGGACAGAUUUCAUGGAACAUUUGAACUUAGAUGGGGAAGAAAAAAUUUACAUAGCUAUUUUCACCAGUCUCCAACUGAAAUUUAGCAUUUCCUU